AUGCAGGCUGACAAGAUGGAUGCGGCCCCAACUGCGGCGAAUGCUGGCCCAACCCCAUCGCCCUUUUCCUACAAGGACUUUGAUCUGGAAGGCUACUUGAGCAACUACUCGGGCCACACCAAGAUCUUCCGCGCUAUCUUCAUCGCCGAGCGCUCGAAGGACCUGGAGCUGGAGGCGACGCGCAUCGCUCUUGAGGAAAUCAAGAAGACGCACAACACGGCACUCUACAGAGAGGUCGUGGACAAGGCCAUCGAGAAGCAUGGAGGCCUGUUCACGAAAGACCAGGCUUGGAUCGACAGCGUAGAGAAGAAGGCUCAGCAGCAAAACGACAGGCUCGAGCAAGAGCUCAACGGCUACAGAACCAACCUCAUCAAGGAGAGCAUUAGGAUGGGACACAACGAUUUGGGCGACUUCCAUUACGACCGAGGCGACCUUCAGUCGGCCCUGAAGUGCUACGUGCGUACGAGGGACUACUGCACGACCUCGAAGCACAACAUCUCGAUGUGCCUCAACGUGAUUAAGGUGAGCAUUGAGAUGGGCAAUUUCGCGCACGUAGUCAACUACGUGAACAAGGCCGAACAAGAGCCCGAGGUGCGAGACGCCAGCUGCGACCCCGUCGUGGUGGCCAAGCUCAAGGUGUGCGCUGGCCUCGCCCACCUCGACACCAGGAAGUACAAGCUUGCCGCGCGCAAGUUCCUCGAGACCACCUUCGACCUGGGCAACCACUUUAACGAGAUCAUCUCGCCUCAGGACGUGGCCAUCUUCGGUGGUCUUUGCGCGCUGGCCAUGUUUGAUCGUGCCGAGCUUAAGAGCAAGGUGCUGGACAACACCGCCUUCAAGAACUUCCUCGAGCUUGUGCCCCAGGUGAGGGAGCUCAUCGCUGACUUCUACAACAGUCGCUACGCUUCGUGCUUGAACUAUCUGCAGCAGCUGAGGCCUGAGCUGGAGCUCGACAUUCACCUGCACGACCACGUGGAGAGCCUCUACCAGAAGAUCCGCAACAAGGCCAUCGUCCAGUACUUCUCUCCCUUCACCUCGGUCGACCUCAACACGAUGGCCCAGGCCUUCAACACCGAUGUGCCAAUCCUCGAGAAGGAGCUGGCGGGCCUCAUCAUGGAGAACUCGAUCCAGGCGCGCAUCGACAGCCACAACAAGAUUCUCUACGCGAGGACCACCAACGAGCGCUGUAACACCUUCGAACGCGCCCUGCGCAUGGGCGAGGAGUACCAGCGCAACACCAAGGCCGCGCUCUUCCGCAUGAACCUCAUGAAGCACGAGUUCGUCGUGCGCCCUCCCCGCUCCGAGCGUGAGGACCGCGACAACAAAUGA